UUCUGACCAAUGGCAUCUUUCGCAUUGGUUUAGCCAUAUACUUUCCAGUCUUUGAGAAAAAGAGCUUUGCGAUGGUUCAGUGAAGAAAGUGAUGUUAGUGGUUCGAGAGUCGCGGAAUACUAAGGAUGGCCAAGAUAGUGAUUACGCUGCUGUUGUUGUGCAUUGGUAAUCUCUGCAAUGGAGCCGUGAAGGUUACUUUGCUCCGGAACCAGAAUUCAAACACGCAAGUGUUCCUUGUCGGUCAGAAUAACGACCAGACCGACCAGCGAACCAGUAGUAAUAACAUCAACAGGAACGAUGGUAGAGUAAGCAGCAACCGGCAACAGAGUAAUAACAACGCCAAUGUACAACCAACUCAACCAAACUUAAUACGGCCAAGUCAAAAUGUAAACCGAGGGCAAGCGAUUACGGUGAAUUCGAGAGGCAACCAAGGAGACCAACCGAGGCAGCAGCAAUCUGCAGGAACAUCGUUUAUUCACGACACGACAUCUGGCAGCAACUACCACUUCUCUUGGCGCCGAGACCGUGACCGAAAAUUCAGUCACACUGAUGCUGUCAACUACUGCAGAAACCUUGGAGACAGAUGGAACGCCAUCAGCAUAGAGACCAAUGAAGAGAGUGACUACAUCAAUGGCGUUAUUGAUUCAGACAACGUGCCAUACAUCUGGACGAGCGGGUCGAAGGUGGGCAACGACUGGCGGUGGAACGGGCCCGGAGCGGGGGCCUUCCAGGGACUCAACUGGAGCAGCACAGGAGGAUUCGGAACCGCGCAACCCGACAACAGAUUUGGAGACGAAAACUGCCUUGGUAUUCUCAAUCGCUUUUACAUCAACGACGGUAUCACUUGGCACGACAUCGCCUGCUUCCACCUCAAGCCUGUGGCGUGUGAGCAGCGCCUUUAGCUGAAAACCUGAGUUGGAGUUAUCAAAACUACUCAUUCUUACUGUCUUAAUUUCUUUUGCAAGGUUUACGAGUAUUGGUUAGCCGUGUAUGAUUUAUCAAAAAUGGCAAUUCUUACCAGAAGUCAGUCACCUUUGGUUUAAAAAUGGCAAAAUGGCUAUCGGUGCAGUGAUUAACUUGCAUCUGGUAGUCGCUUUUAAGAAAGGUAUUAUAUUCACUAGCUGUGACAAUAUUGAAUGUUUGCUUUGGACAGAGAAGAGAUUUAAACAAGUUAUCAACUUUAUUUUAAUGAAGUCAGUGAUUUUUCUUCAUUAUAGUUGUGCAAGUUUAGGAUUAGUGCCAUGUGUUACAUACACCAUUCAGUAAGA